AUGAGGACCCACGGCGCGCUCUGCUGCCUCCUCGGCUCCCUGCUGCUGGCCUGUGUGGCCGUGGGCGGCGCUAGUGCUCAGCGCAACCCGGGCCGCAAGGCGCUCCAGGAGCAGUGGUCCGAGUGGUGGUGCGAGGGCUCCGGCUGCGACGACUUCCCGCCUGCCCAGCAGAACGGCGGCCAGCCCGGCGGCCAGACCGGCCAGCCCCCCCAGACCAACGGCCAGCCCAUUGGCCAGCCCAACGGCCAGCCCACCCAGGACAACGGCCAGGGCGCGCCCAGCGCCCCCACCGGCCAGGGCGCCCCCUGCCCCGACCAGCAGGCGGUGCUGGACCAGCACAACCAGGCCCGCGCCGCCCGCGCCGCCCAGCCCCUGCAGUGGAGCGCCUUGCUGGCCGCCGACGCGGCCGCCUGGAGCGCACAGUGCAACAGGGACAACUUUGGCUACUCGCACUCCCCGGGCUCUAGCGAUGGAAGCUUUGGCGAGAACCUGGCCUGGUUUGAGAACAGGGGCGACCAGUGCGGCACAGGGGUGCAGUCGUGGCUGAACGAGCAGAGCCAGUGGAGCCCCAACAACCCCAUGAACUUUGCCGCCGGCCACUACACGCAGAUGGUGUGGAAGGAAUCCACCCAGGUUGGGUGCGGCAUCGCGCUGUGCCGCCAGGGCCAGUGGGGCCCCGAGUACCUGGUCACCUGCAGGUACACCCCGCCCGGCAACUUCGGCGCCCAGGAAGACUGGGCUCGCAACGUGUGA